UGUUACUGAUGCACGGCUGAGUUUGCGCGCCGGGAGGGGGUGUGUACUGUCUGUGUAAAGGGAGCAGUCAUCCCAGCAGUGUUAAUGUUAGUGCUAGCCCACAGGAGGUGUACACAGGGCUACUGGUUGGUUUUAGUGCUGUGGGAAGCACUAAUGGGAUUAUCUCAGAGAGGGACCUGGGUAAACUGAGAUCUGUGGCUUGAUACGGAUACACAACAACACCAACUGACUGAUCUGUUCCUGAUGGUGAUUCUCAGACAUUCUCCUGGAUCAACUAUGAAGUUAAAGUUGUAGCUGUAUGUUUCAAAAGGUUGCUGCCCAACCAAGUCAUUUGAAACCCAUGGAAGUAAAUAGCUAUUAAUUUUGAGGUGCUUUGAAAACUCAACUUGAUAUAAAUCAGUGGGUAUACAGUAAACUCAAACACAGCUGUGCUGAAACAUGUCUAAAAAGCCUGGCAGUGUGAAGACAAAGAGUAGACCCUCGUCACAGGGACCCCUGCAGCUGGCCCUCUCCUCAGGGCCUGGGGACCGUAAUGGUAACUCAGUGGCCUGUCUCGGGUCCUCCUCCCCGGACUCUCUGAGGAGUCUGAGCAGCCUGAGUGAUGGAGACACCUCCAGUCCCCCUGACGUGGACAUGGAGUGUUGCCUGAGGGAGGGCUCCCCGCCCCCGGCCAACCACCCCACAGACCACCCAAGAGAUGUAUCCCUCAAUAGCACAUUCACAACUAACACACCCAUAAACGGUAGCCUCGAACUUGGCUCACCUCCAGAGAACAGCUCCUUUGACCUCAUCACAUUUCCAGAGAAUAGCACCUACACUGUCCUCUCACCUGCAGUGACUGUACCUGGUGAGGGGGACGUGAUGGAACCUGUCCAAACAUCUAUCUCCAGCUGUGUGAACACCAGCCUGGACAACUGGAACGGGAAUAUCACUCUGGUGAUCACCAGUCUGCAGGGGGACCAUGGUGACAACCAGAGUGACUGGAGGAGUAGCACAUCGUCUGGUGACAGGAGUGUUGCUGCCUCUCCUGAAUCGGCCCCUCCUGAGGGGGAAGAGAGCUCCAGCUCCGUGUCGCUCCCUGGUUCCAGUGAGAACAACUGCUCCAUCGGCUCAGGAGAGAUGGUGAUGAGGUGGAACAGCUUCUGUCUGCAGGAGGCUGACACUCUCACUGUGUCUCUGUCUCUGGUGGAGCUGUCCACCAGUUCCUCUGCCCACGGCUCCCCUGCCCUGCCUGCUGACCUGGGCCAUGGCCUGCUGUCUGUGUCCACCACCACCCUGCCUGGCGUCUGUGAUGGCCUCCUGGAGAACAGACCCACUGACACCCUCAAAGUAAAAGACAACCCAGGCCCUCAGUGCUGGGGCAUGACCUUUAUCCAGUCAGACGACCAGGAUCUCCCUCCUGAGAGGGACGGCCUGGCACCGCCUGGGUCUCCUGUGGAUGCGGAUCCCUGUGAGGCAAAGGGUGUACACCAGGGGACCUUUCUGUGUGAGCCAGCCCCAUCUGCUGCAUGUGGAGGUGCUUCCCCAGCCCUCAGCAGGCGGGCCAGCUCGGAAGCCUAUUUCAGUGGAGGAUCCACCGAGGGCAGGACCUUCAUGCUGCCAGUCUCAGAGGAGCUGGACCCUGACUGCCGUGCCCAGACCUCCACACCAGUGCAGUGUGCUGGGAACAAACCCCUGGACUUCCCCUCCCUAAUGGAGUCCCCCUGCACUGGGGAACAAAGUCACACUGGGAGCCCUGUGGUCCAGACGGCUACAGACCAGCGAGGGGCGGCCGCAAAGCUCGCAUCCCCAAAACACAGUUUGGUCGCCAGGCUUCCCCCAUCAUCAGCUAACAGAAUCAGCAAAUCUGAAAUCAAAAGGUUUCCAAAGCCGGAUUUCAGCAGUGUGAGACCCAAGAUCAUGUCGAGACCAGCUCAUCCGUUGGCAUUGGGAAGCCCUGCACCUGCAAAGAAUAAGCCAGGGAAACCAGUCAACCAGCCCUGUAGUAAACCAUCUCAAGUGAACAGGAACACUCCAAUGAGAAACACUCCUAGUAAACUAGCCACAGUGGAAGAUGGCCCCCCUAGGGCUGCUGUGGUCGAGAAUGCAGUGCCUGAUUUCCUGGGAAUUACAUUUAUCCAGGCAGAUGACCAAGACCUCUCUUCGGCUGCUGGGUCUCCCAUUGGUCCACUUCUUCUUAGUUUGACUGAGGAGGCAGAGUGUCGAGCAUCCCUGUCAGCCCCACCAGCACCCAACAGUCAGGCUAGUAGUCGGGUCAGCUCAGAGGCCGAGCACGUGGCCUCUAACUGUGGAGGAGGACCCGCUCCAGUGCUGCCUGGAAACCAGACCUUCUGUUUCCCAUCUCCCACAGAGUCACCCUCCAAAGAGCAGCGAGCUGACCCUACACCAGCCCUGGCCAGUACUGGCAAGGCUGGCAACAAGGAGGAAGUGCCACACAGGACGAGACCUGGCUCCGUCUCCUCAGCCUCCUCACCAUCCAAUCAGGACAAGGCACCAGUGUCAGCACGGCGGUCCCGCUGCUGGUCGGAGAGUUCCUCCACUACAUCUACACCACACAGGGAGUCCAGAGCUUCCCCUAGCAGCUCCGCUAGCUUCAUCAUCCCCAAGGUCUACGUCCACCUGGGACAGAGCCAGGCCAGACCAGCCAGCCACAACCGCACUGCCACUACCCACAACAAACAGCCUGAGACCAAGAAGGAAGCAGAAGAGGGAAGCAGCAAGGUUAAGAAAAUCUGCCUUACGGCCUCCUCUAAGACCGCGGCGGGAGCAACGGCAGCAGGAGGAGCUGCGUGUGACAGGAUUAAGAGUAGACUUGGAGUAUGGCCAUCCCUCAACAGAGCCAGAGGAGCCCCUGCCUCAGCCUCCCAGGCUCUCCCUCCAGCAGCCAGGCUGAGGCAGGGAAGAGAUGUCUGCAGCAGUGCCUCCGGAGGUAUGUGUUCGCCACGGGCCAAACAGAGCACCACAGCAGGUCAUCAGAGGUCCCAGACAGAGGUUGGAACCUCCUCAGCCAACGGUAGCACUAAGCCCCCAGUCACUGGUUCCAGACCCCACCAGCCCUCUACUGCUGUCUCCUCCUCCAGACUGCCCUACAAGUCCCAGGGUGUCCCCAAGAGCAUCCCUUCCAAGUCCCAGGGUGUCCCCAAGAGCAUCCCUUCCAAGUCCCAGGGUGUCCCCAAGAGCAUCCCUUCCAAGGCCAGUGUCCACAAUGAGCACAGUGGCAGCACAGGUAACGUCCAAGUUUCUGCAGGAGCAGCCCAGGGGUGUGUGGGAAGACCAGCCUCAUCCAAGACCACAGUGUUAAAAGCUAGACUCCUCUCACACCCAGGGAGUAACAUAGGACCUGCAGGAUGCAAAACUACAGCGUCGACCAAUCAGGUGCCCUCAGGGUCCAGAGCCAUCCCUCUGAAAAGAACUGCUUCAUCAAGACUUCUUCGUCCUGCCGCUGUAUUACCUGUGGACAAGAACAGACCGAGGGCGACACCACGGAGCCACCCACAGCCUCAACAGCGGUCACCAGUGCCAUCGCCGCCCCAGAGCAAUAGGCAUCCAGACCUGGUGUUGGCGGAGGGCAGGGCAGCGGGCACGGAGAGCUACCGGGCACUGUGUGAGAGGAAGAACCAGAGCCUCCAGCAGCUCCAGGGACUCCUGGCUGCCAGUAACUGUAAAUUUGAGGCCAUUGUGGUGGUGCUGCAGCAGACCCUGGUAGAGCGUGAUGAGGUCAUUAAGCAGCGCAGGGACCUGACCCAGGAACUGAUGACCUUGCAGGGAGAGCUGGUAAACUCGGCCCACUCGUGUGAGUUGUUGGAGCGGGAGAAGGAUGAGGUGCGUGGGGCAUUGGAGGGCGAGCUUCAGACGAUGCAGGAGCAGCACCACACGGAGCUGGCCCAGCUGGAGGAGAGGCUCAGGGUGUUCUACCAGGCCGAGUGGGACCAGAUCCAUCUGACCUACCAGGAGGAGGCAGACCGGUGCAAGGCCUUAAUGGAGCAGCAGAUGGGGGAGUUGAGAGCCAGCCAUGAGGCUGUGAUGUUAGAGCAAGAGGCCAGCCACUCUGAACAGAUCCAGGCAGUUAAACAGCAGUGUGAAGACUCUCUAGAAGAGCUCCGUCAAGCUCAUGAGCGGGAGCUGCAGACAUUGGACAAAAGACUGAAGGAGGCUGAAGUUACUUUAUCUGGCCAGAUUCAGGAGCUCACCGAGGAGAACACGACCCUGAACCACAGGAUAAAGACAGAGGAGGACCAGAGGAGGGAGCUGGCUGAGAGAAAUCAGGACUCCCACACCCUGUAUCUGGAGCAGGAGCUGGAGAGCCUCAAUGUGGUGCUGGAUAUCAAGAACAAACAGCUGCACCAACAGGACCACAAACUGAUGCAGAUGGACAAACUGAUGGAGAAAAGCGUUAAGCUGGACGAAUGCCUUAAAAAGGUCCAGCAGGAGAAUGAGGAUCUGAAAGCCCGCAUGGACAGACAUGCUGCUCUGUCCAGACAACUGUCCACAGAGCAGGCGGUGCUGCAGGAGUAUCUCCACAAGGAAUCCAAGGUGAACAAGCGUCUGUCUAUGGAGAAUGAGGAGCUCAUCUGGAAGCUGCACAACGGGGACCCGAGCAGCCCCCACAAGAUGUCCCCCACCUCCCCCUCCCACCAUUCCCUCGGCCUCCAAUCACCUCGCAGCUCUGCUGUCUUCACCAGCCCCAUCCAAUCACCUCGCAGCUCUGCAGUCUUCUCCAGCCCUCCUGUCUCACCCAGAUAACAGCAGCCUACCGCUUCCAGGAAGCAGACACUCUUUCUCUCCUCUGAUUGGACUGGGUCCAGGAAGCAGCCUCUCUCGCUCUUUUCUGAUUGGACCGAGUCAUCCCUCCGUACUUAAGAGCUAUAUUAGCUGACCGGGAUUGCCGCAUGUCAUCCAGAGAUGGCUACAAUAUUCCUGAAUGGCUCUACUUUCUGUUGACACUUACUGCAGAUCAAUGACUGUAUGAGAAAGGACUGUUGCACAGAAGCACUUACUGAGUGAGACCGCCUCUUGUUCUCUCUGCCUUGUCUGAUAUCAUAGGACAUCUGUCAUAGGGUUAGGGUUAUUUUAGGACAUCUGUCAUAGGGUUAGGGUUAUUAUAGGACAUCUCUCAUAGGGUUAGGGUUAUUUUAGGACAUCUAUCAUAGGGUUAGGGUUAUUAUAGGACAUCUAUCAUAGGGUUAGGGUUAUUAUAGGACAUCUAUCAUAGGGUUAUUAUAGGACAUCUCAGGACUAUAUAAUGAGACACUAUAUUUGUUAAUCUUCCUCAGUGGUCGGCAAAAGCUUGUUGCUGGUUUUCCCUCUGAAGACACACACACACACCAGUGUUAUGGGAAGGAGUGCCGUGGCGUUGGUGACCAAAUGCAGACCUGUGUGUUGACUGACUGAGAAUAUGCACUGCUCCUGUCUGUCAUUAUAUUGCUAUGAGAAUCAGCAUGGCUAGGAGUCCAAAAGUAACAUUGAAUCUCCUCCCAUGAUUUGGGAAUCAAACAUGAAUCCUGUAAUCUGUAUAUUAAUGGAGGAAAAUUAGAUAAAUAUAAACCCUUCUACACACAUACUACUCAAUACCAUUGUAUUCACUGCUCAUAGAUCAUUCACUUCGCUUUUAUUGAUGCAUGCACCACAUGCUACAUGCAAUUAUCUUCAUAAAUUGGAUAUUAGUAAUCAUUUCCUGUGUUUUUAAAAGGUUAAUGGCGUUUCCAUGGUAAUUAAUGGGCGGUCUGCGCUUCAGAACUGUACUUUAUAUCUGUUAUUACCCAUCUACAGGUUAUAUAGUCCUCUAACUGUUCAGUUCUACAGGUUAUAUAGUCCUCUAACUGUUCAGUUCUACAGGUUAUAUAGUCCUCUAACUGUUCAGUUCUACAGGUUAUAUAGUCCUCUAACUGUUCAGUUCUACAGGUUAUAUAGUCCUCUAACUGUUCAGUUCGAUGGCCUGAGGACUCAAAGCUGUGUUUUUAAUGUUGGUUGGUUUGUUUGUUUGACCAUGGGACCAAUUCAAAUGAAUGUUUGUGCAUGUUUGAUGACCUGUUGUCUAGCACCCCUCCCUCACCCAAUCCUCCUAAUACAGCUUUAAAAUGGGGGGUCUUUACAAAGAUGUCACUAAGGUUAAAAUGCGAAGAGAAUCUAAGCGUGAUGGACGUGUUUUGGAUAUGUCACAAAUUAGUACCUGUUUGGAUGUGGAGAUUAUUGGUGUGUUGAAAAAACGAUUUAAUAUAUGCAAUUAAUAAAGUCCUAUUAUGAAAU